AAAAUGUUUGCUAGAAGAAUGGAAGCAAAUCAAUAUAUUAGGGAAUUGAAAUAAAUAUAUAAUGAAUGGUAAUUCCACAUUCUUGAUGUUGCCUAACUUUUAGAUAUGGUGUUACGAUAGAUAAGAAUUCUAUAAUUAUUAACAAUUACUAUUAAUUCUAUUUAAUUCAUAUAUGUCAACUAUUUGUAAUUGUUAGUUUCAAUGUUAGAUAUGGAAAAAGAACGUCUUCCAUAUCACAUAAAUAUUAGUGGUAUUAGUGGUCCAAAUCCAUCUGCUAGUAUGACUACCACCGAUAAAAGUACUUCAACGUCGAGGUCAUCUAGUAAUGCAAGCACUAUAAUGACUAGAACCAAUUCAUCCAGUUUUUCUGAUUGUUUAGUUCGUACACCACCAACUCCAUACUAUUACUCAACCUCAUUACCUAAUAACAUCAAUGAAACUUAUAAUGAUGAUUAUUUUUCCAUAAUUAAACCUAAAUUAUCCAUUAGCACGGUAUCAAGCAUUGCUUCAUAUAAUAGUAACAAUGAUGGAACUGAUACUUUUCAAUUAAAUUCUCCUCCUUUGGAUUAUUCAAGUAAUACUGAAGAUGAAGAUAAGUCACAUCAGGAAUAUGAACAAACUGCAGUUACUGAUCAUACUAGUAUUUGUCUGGAUUCAUAUCUUUUAUCAAAUAAUCGUUUUACUAAUAUACGUUCUAUGCCAGAACCUUGCCAAGUCAUCUCGCCAGUUGAAGAGCCAGAAAGUAAAAAUAUUGCCUUAACCUUAGCUUCAUCUGCAUCUUCAUCCUCAUCCUCAUUAUCAUCCAAUGCUACUUAUAAAGUCAAUUUAACUCCUUUCAAAUUUCUUAUUGUCGAUGAUAAUGUUAUCAAUAUUAAGAUUUUAGAAAGAAUCUUGAGUAAAUUAUAUCCAAAGAGUUCUGUAAAGUCUCUUCAAGAUUCUACAAAGGUUAUGCAAUAUCUCAACAAUCAUGAAGUAGAUAUGUUAUUUCUUGACAUUGAAAUGCCUGAAGUAACAGGAAUUGAUAUCGCUUGUUCAUUGAGGCACACUCAUCGUCAUUCUCACUCACACAUGGCUUCAAAACCCCAUAAGAUUCAUCACAACAAUACUAAGAAUUUUAAAGAUAUGGGUAUAAUUGCUGUGACAACUCGUAGUUUGCCAGAAGAUUUGGAGCUUUACAGUGAAAUUGGGAUAGACCAUACAUUCAGUAAACCUUUGGGUUACAAAUACGAUUACUUCUCAAAUACAAUUGAUAAGAUUAUCGAAUUAAGGCAAGGAUGAUUGCCUGAUAAUAUCGUUUACACUACACUAAUUUCAUUUGUACAUUAUCGCUAUUAUGACACUAAUUUUACUAUUGCUAUUUUCUUACCUGUUUAAUUCGGCUUAGAUUAUAUUUAAUGAUGUUACGACUUUAUUUUAAGGGUUUAUAGAUUUUUUUACAAUUGUACCAUAUAUAUUAUUUAUUGGCAUU